CGUCACGAACCAAAAGACGCACAAUCGCAAGGCGCCAGCUCUGUCUUGGUCCCUCCCGAGGCUUGUCCUGCAUUACUACUGCUGCCCAGCCUCUUGGGAUUCAUCGAUCCCUUCAACGAGACCUUGUUGCUUUGCUUGGCCCCUUUUAACCUUCACGAACGAAAGCAUCCUGCGACUCUGUUCGACGAGUGACGUCUUUCUUUCCACGGUGCCCCGUGAUAUCUUGCUCUGUCUACAGUACACCAGUCCACCACUGGACAUCAUCUAUAACUAUGACUUCAACCUGGGAGACAAUAUCAGCAAAGAAGCGCCAGGCGCUCGCUGACUCGAUUCCUGCGGAAUGGCGCAUACCCACGGAGCUGAUGCCUCCCGAGUCUCAGGACGAUGUCACGGGCUUUCCUGAGCAGUCCGGGUGGUUCACCAAGGACGAGCUUGCCAUUACAGGCGCGACGGUCUCUGAGCUGCUGCCCAAGCUGGCAUCAGGAGAGCUGUCGUCAGAGGCGGUCACCCGCGCCUUCUGCAAGAGAGCUGCGGCGGCACACCAACUGGUCAACUGCUUGUCAGAGACGCUCUUCGAGGCCGCCAUCACCACCGCCAAGGCCCUCGACGCACACCUCGCCAAGACAGGCAAGCCCCUGGGGCCCUUGCACGGCCUGCCCAUCUCGCUCAAGGACAACUUCAACCUCAAGGGCCUCGACUCGACCGUCGGCUUCACCUCGCACGUCGGCGACCCGGCCUCGUACGACGCCGUGCUCGCCGAGAUCCUGCGCGAGGCGGGAGCCGUCUUCUACGUCAAGACCAAUGUGCCCACGGCCAUGAUGAUUGCCGAGUCCGUCAACAACACCUUUGGCCGGACCGUGAACCCCCAGAACCGGCGCGUCACCAGCGGUGGCUCGUCGGGCGGCGAGUCGGCCCUCAUCGCCUUUGGCGGCAGCCCGAUCGGCGUGGGCACCGACAUUGGCGGCAGCCUGCGCAUCCCCGCCGCCUGCACGGGCAUCUUCACCAUCAAGCCCAGCUUCGGCCGCUUCCCCACGCUGCGCUGCCGCAGCGGCAUGCCGGGCCAGGAGGCCGUCGCCAGCAUCAACGGGCCCAUGACGCAGACCCUCGCGGACCUGGAGCUGUACUCGCGCACGGUCGUCGGCGCGGAGCCCUGGCGCAAGGAUCCUCGCAGCCUGCCCAUCCCCUGGCGGCCCGUGAGCCUGCCCGCCUCGGGCAAGCUCAAGAUUGGCGUCAUGUGGGACGACGGCAUGGCGCUGCCCACGCCGCCCGUGACGCGGGCGCUGCGCGAGGCCGUGGACAAGCUCAAGGCCGCGGGCCACGAGAUUGUCGAGUGGUCGUCCGAGGACCAGGCGCGAGGCCUGGAGCUGCUGGGCAGGAUGUUCGUCGCGGACGGCGGCGAGGCGAUCCGCAACGAGCUCGAGCGCACGGGAGAGCCCAUGCGGCCCGAGAUGGUGGACCAGUACGGCGGCUCGGCCAAGUCGCUCACGGGCCUCGAGUACUGGCAGCUGCACGCCGAGCGCCAGGACUACCAGAAGAAGUAUCUCGACCGCUGGCUCGCGGCGGGCAUCGACGCGCUGUUGUGCCCGACCACGCCUUACAGUAGUGUGGAGAAUGGAAAGUUCAGGCAUGUGGGAUACACGGGUGUGUACAACGUGCUCGACUACUCGUGCAUUUCGUUCCCGACAGGCGUCAGGGUGGAUCAGGCGGUCGAUGUGCCACAAGACUUGGCCACCUACAAGCCGCUUUCUGACCUUGACAAGGAGAUCCAGCAGGACUAUGACCCCAAGAUUGUCAAUGGGCUGAUGGUCAACCUCCAGCUGGUGGCCCAGCGGCUAGAAGAGGAGAAGUGCGUGGAGAUGUGCAAGGUCGUCCUGGGUGUGCUCGGCCAGAGCCCUUCUGGCUCGAAGUUGUAAUAACCUGUAUUCAAAAAUAGCCCGAGUGAAUAGAUUUUGGGUUGACCUGGAACCCGUCCACGUACUGUGACUCUUAUUGGGAUAUCUGGACGGACUAUCGCCAUGCCCUUGUAAAAGUGGAACCAUCCUUGUAUAAGCC